AAGGGAAGGGGCGGGGGAGAGGGACCUGGGAAGGCGUCAGGGGGAAUCUCGCGAGGGUUGGAGUUUUGGCGAGAGUUUGUGGAAGAUGGCGCCUGUUGUGACAGGUCAUUGAAAUUAUGAAACUAUCAUUCAAAUGGAAGCAUUAUAGUUCUUCGGAACCAUUAUGAUCUCAAAAGGAAAGGAGAAUGAUAAAGAUACACUGGCUGAGGUGUUUUGAGGUGCACCGAAGUGUUCCAAGCUGUGACUUACCUUAACAUGUUCUUGAAGUACCAUGGCGUGGAUUAAAAGGAAAUUUGGUGAGCGACCGCCACCUAAACGACUUACUAGGGAAGCCAUGCGAAAUUAUUUAAAAGAGAGAGGAGAUCAAACAGUACUUAUUCUUCAUGCAAAAGUUGCACAAAAGUCAUAUGGAAACGAAAAAAGGUUCUUUUGCCCUCCUCCUUGUGUAUAUCUUAUGGGCAGUGGAUGGAAGAAAAAAAAAGAACAAAUGGAACGUGAUGGUUGUUCUGAACAAGAAUCUCAACCAUGUGCAUUUAUUGGAAUAGGCAAUAGUGACCAAGAAAUGCAGCAGCUGAACUUGGAAGGAAAGAACUAUUGCACAGCAAAAACAUUGUACAUAUCUGAUUCAGAUAAGAGAAAACACUUCAUGCUGUCUGUAAAGAUGUUCUAUGGCAACAGUGACGACAUUGGUGUGUUCCUCAGCAAACGGAUAAAAGUCAUCUCCAAACCUUCCAAAAAGAAGCAGUCAUUGAAGAAUGCCGACUUGUGCAUUGCCUCAGGAACAAAGGUGGCUUUGUUUAAUCGACUUCGAUCCCAGACUGUUAGUACCAGAUACUUGCAUGUAGAAGGAGGUAAUUUCCAUGCCAGUUCACAGCAGUGGGGAGCAUUUUACAUUCAUCUCUUGGAUGAUGAUGAAUCGGAAGGAGAAGAGUUCACAGUCCGAGAUGGUUACAUCCAUUAUGGACAAACAGUCAAACUUGUAUGUUCAGUUACUGGCAUGGCACUCCCGAGAUUGAUAAUUAGGAAAGUUGAUAAACAGACAGCAUUACUGGAUGCAGAUGAUCCCGUGUCACAACUCCAUAAAUGUGCAUUUUACCUGAAGGAUACAGAAAGAAUGUACUUGUGCCUUUCUCAAGAAAGAAUAAUCCAAUUUCAGGCCACUCCAUGCCCGAAAGAACCAAAUAAAGAGAUGAUAAAUGAUGGAGCUUCCUGGACAAUCAUUAGCACAGAUAAGGCAGAGUAUACAUUUUAUGAGGGAAUGGGCCCUGUCCUUGCCCCAGUCACCCCUGUGCCUGUGGUAGAAAGUCUUCAGUUGAAUGGCGGCGGGGAUGUAGCAAUGCUUGAACUCACAGGACAGAAUUUCACUCCAAAUUUACGAGUGUGGUUUGGGGAUGUAGAAGCUGAAACUAUGUACAGAUGUGGAGAGAGCAUGCUCUGUGUUGUUCCAGACAUUUCUGCAUUCCGAGAAGGUUGGAGAUGGGUCCGGCAGCCAGUUCAGGUUCCAGUAACUUUGGUCCGUAAUGAUGGAAUCAUUUAUUCCACCAGCCUUACCUUUACCUACACACCGGAACCAGGGCCACGGCCACACUGCAGUGCAGCUGGAGCAAUCCUUCGAGCCAAUUCAAGCCAAGUGCCCCCUAAUGAAUCAAACACAAACAGCGAGGGGAGUUACACAAACACCAGCACAAAUUCAACCAGUGUCACAUCGUCUACAGCAACAGUGGUGUCCUAACUACCGUCUUUUUGCUAGGACUAGAACUGACCUGAGUGUGGCAAAAAGUUGACAAAAAAAGAAAGGAAAGAAAAAAAUGAACAAUCUCUUGUGGUUUCUUCAGAAAACUUUCGUACCAGGUGAUACUAUUAAAAAACCCCAUUACCUGCAAGUUCUGAAUUGAAAAGCAGAAGCCACAGUAAAACAGAAAAACAUCAAUAUGUACAAACUGUUGGAAAUCAAAUUUUUCAGCUGUUUUUUGUUUUUUGUUGCUGUUGUUUGGUUGGUUGGUUUUGUUUGGUUUUAAAUGGGCAAGAAAUAGAUAACGUGGCUGGAAUAAACAUUAAGCAAACUAGAAGGCACAAAUCUAACAUAGUUUUUAUGGACCAAGGAACUUGUAUAAGCUUUAGUAAAAGGUACAUUUUCACCAUACCUUUUUUUAUAUCACAGUAUAUAGUACACCUUGUUACCAAAUAGGUUGUUUUCCCCACCCCCUUUGAGCUUUUGCUCUAAAGUACAUUCAGGUUCCAAGCUUGACCACUUGUUUAAUUACCAUACUCUUCCAGGUUAUUUUGGUCUAAGGCUGGAACUUUUUUCUUUUUUUAAGCUGAAAUCUUAUGACUUUUCAUGAGUUGGAAAUGUUUUGAUUUCAGCAAGUCAAAUCUUGUAAAGGCCUGCAUAUUUUUUUUAAGAUUAUAUGAAGUCUGUGCAAAAGCUUUAAAGAAAAUGCCUCCGCCUUGCCUGCAAUACAUGCAAUGUAUGUUAACUUAGUCUCUGUUCUCAGACACUGUUGGUAGUUAUUUCUGUGUUUUCCUUUUUUUAAAAAAAAAAAAAAAUUGUAUUUAUAGUGGUAAUCCAAGAG